AAACACAGUCACAGAAUAUUUCAUUUGCGGCAUCUUCACGGAAGUACCCACUAAGAACUGGACCGGUGGACUCAUUGGAAAAGACAGUGCUAAUAAGUGGGGUAUCCCUCUGAAUUUUAGGAAUACAUAUCCCCAGCUUGACGUUCACAGGAACCAUGAAGCUUCGGCUGCACUUUGUGGUGGACCCCAUGGGCUGGUUCUGCAUGAGUGUGGUGUUUGCCAUCUGGCUCUACAACUCCUUCUUCGUCCCCAAGUUGGUGCUGCUGCCACAUUUCUAUGAAGGCCAUAUCCACUGGGCCUUGGUUGUCAGUUACUACUUAGCAUCAGCCUUCUGUAUGGCAGCACUUUUUAGAGCUUCUACAGCCGACCCUGGCAGACUCCCAACCGAACCCCACAUCCCUCACUCAGAGCGAGAGCAGUGGGAAAUGUGUAGCAAGUGCAACAUGAUGAGACCAAAAAGGUCCCACCACUGCAGUCGUUGUGGUCAUUGUGUACGUAGAAUGGACCACCACUGUCCAUGGAUCAAUAAUUGUGUAGGGGAGGACAACCACUGGCUCUUUUUGCAGCUGUGUUUUUACACACAGGUCCUCAGUUUGUUCACCCUGGCUCUGGACUUCUGCCAGUACUAUUACUUCCAGUCCUUAACAACAUUGGACCAGGAGGCAUUUACAGCACGUCACGAGCUCGCCCUGAUACGAGUGUCUGCGAUCAUGGGUCUGGUGAUGUUCGGAGGCAUGAGCAGCCUCUUCUACACUCAACUGGCUGGCAUCCUGACAGACACCACCACCAUUGAGAAAAUGGCUAACUUCUCAAAUAAAAUAGGGGCUGGUGGUGGGUCAAAGGAAUCCUGGCAGCGGACUCUGGCUGAGGUGUUUGGCACUACCUGGAAAGUCCUGUGGUUCAUCCCGUUGAGGAGCAGGCAACCGCUGACCUUUCCCCACCACUUCCGCACUCACGUGUAGAUGAGUGAAGGAGCUCUGUCCCACUUCGAACCAGACGAUAGGCUGCCAUCUCUGACAGAGAAUACACUGUGCACACAUUCGGCACCCCCCCCGCCUGCCUUCACCUCCCUGUUUUGUGCCAUCUAAGCUCGGUGGUAGUCUUGGUUGGCCAGUGGAUACAGUCUUUUUGUCUUUCUCUCUAGGACGUAGGAUUGACAGUGCCUGAACUGGAUCACAAACUCGAGUACAUGUUACCAAGUGCAACCUAGUCCCCUUUCUAAUCAUUACUAGGGGCUCCAUUGUGCUCUAUUGUCCAAUUGCGGAAACCACUUUAAAGGGAAAUUGCCUUUGAGAGAAACUCAAAAGGAAAUCACUAAGAACCUCAAGUUGAUUGUAGGACCAUGUAGACCUUCAAACGACACUAAACAUUAACCCUAACUCUGUCCCUAAUACACAGCCUAAGUUUUCUAUAAUUUGUGCCAUGACACUUUUAGUCUCCCAAAUGGUUUGGAUACACGCUUUUUACAGAAGGCUAUAUAAGUCAUUAUUUUGGGAAGAAGUUGGCAAGUUGGUUUAUGGGUUGCUAUAUUGUAAAGCAGUACCAUGAUUUAACUGCAUUCCAUAAUUAUAUGGUUCAAGGGUUCCUUUGCUUUACUGUUUACACUCAUUUUUAUUUUAAAGAUGUUUUAAAAGAUGCUCCUACCACUAGUAACACCUUAAUAUUAACUACAUAGUAACCAACCAUGAGUUAUUUUCCAUUCACAGCGGUAAUGUCUUGUGUUCCACUUUCAUUACUAUCAAUUACACAACAUUUCCACAGAAGUGCGGAACUUUCACAGAUAUCCAUGAUUAGAAACAUCUCACAAUGCUAGAAAGUCAUCUGUUAUAAAACACUAUGUUUGCUUGAGACUUUUUCAAACCUCUACACUGCAUAUUGCCAAAUUAUUUAACCUUACCAAUGAAGAUGAUUUGAAAAAUGUCCCAAUGGGGAGUCACAGUGAAACAAGUGGAUUGUAUCAACAUUUAUUUCAAGCUAUACCAAAUACUUGUAUUUAUAUCUAUCUGCUGUUGUACACUUGGCUGUAACAUUGUGCAUAUGCACUGAUAUAUUACCUCUAUAUUCUUUUGUACACAUUCCACAUUCUUUCAACAUACAUAUGCUGUAGAAAUCUUUGAAGAAUUACUCCUCUUUUAAUCUUUUAACAUUUUUAUUUCAAUGUUGUCAUCACUUGUUGAGUUGAUCAUUUUUAAUGUAUUGAAUGUAUGAUAAUAACGUUGUCUCCUGUACCUAAUGUAAGACCCAGUGGAGUCUCAGAACACUGUACAUGUAAGUGAGUAGGCACCGAUUGAUGUUGAUUUGUUCUUAUGUUGAAUGUGGGGACGGCUGCUGUAAAUUGUCUGUCAAAUUUCUAGUUUCUCCUUUUCUGUAGCUUGAUUGGUCGUAAAUGGUAGUGGACGCUGGAAUCUUUUUUGUUGUUGUAAUAACAAUAGGGUCUUUAAUUUGAAUUUCCUGGUUGACAUUGUAGUAUGUUUUCUACUCUUUACUUCAUCAUAUAAGAUGCAUCAUAUAUGGGGAAUGUUAAUGUUACAAUAAUGAAAAAUACAUGUUUUUCGUUUAGACUUGAAAUAUUUGUCAAUGGCACGUCACCAAUAGGAGUGCCACCAACUGUCUUAAACCAUAGAUGUAUGUACAAUUUUUGUUUUUUAACACUACAUCAACUGUAAGUCUAAAAAGGACCCUGGUGAGGAGCUGUAUGCUCAUUACAUCAACGGGUGUCCCACAGGGCUUGAUGCUAGGUCCCCUGCUGUUCCCAUGUAUGUCUUCUACACUCCCCAACCCUCCCCUACUUAAACGUUAUCUCUCUCCUAACUUCAUCACGCGCGAUGGAUCCUCCAUUGUCUUAUGACACUAUAUAAUGUAAUGUACCACUUCCUCUGUAACUUUGUGCUACUGAAAUCUGCAUUUUAUUACAUCCCAUGAUCUUAGAAUUUAGCACUUUUUUUAUUUUAGGAAAGGAAUUUGCCAUUAACCUUUGCCAUAGCAUUAACAUAGGUCUUUUUUAGUUGGUUGUUUAGCCCCCUUAUUAUAAUUAACUUUUAAUAAGGGGCUCUAGAUAAGUGUCUAUGCUAAAUUACAAAUGUACUAGGAAGGAGAGUCCACAUAUACAGAUGUAGGAUCUUAAUUUGAGCCAGGUUUCACAAACAAUUAUCCUGCAACAACAGGACGUGAAUUAUGUGGAUUAUAAUAAAUUGACGUUUUGUUGAAUUGAUACAUUUUUCAUAAGGAAAAUUCAGGUCUGAAAUGUCAAAGUGGAAAUUACAAACUUCAGAAGCCUUUUUAAACCUCAAAUACAAUUUCCUCCAUUGCAGGAAUGUUCUCCUGCAUCUGGGUAAUCAAAUUAAGAUUCUACAUCUGUAUUGAGUCGUGUAGUUGCGGCAUACGUCUUAAAAAAUUUGAAUCUAAUGUAAUUGACACAUGAUUCAUGCAUGUUCAGGUUAAAUUACCUGUUGUUUACAUAUUUAUUUUUACAUAUAAGAGGUCCAAUAUUUUACAGUUAGAGAUUUCAGCUUGAAGUACCAAUGUUGUGCUGACUCAUGCAUUUGGCUAAAUGAUUCUCGUUAGGCCUUUUUGCUGCAACAACUUUUCUUUCUCAAUGUAAUUAAGAAGAAUGCAUAUAUACAGUAGAUCAUAAAUGUGUUGUGCAUAUAUCAUACAUCAUAUAUUCCUGACUGUUGUGUAAUGAAUUGGGCUCCAACCUGACAACAAGACUGACUUGAGGAUGCAUUAGAAUGUAUAGAGGCUUGAAGCUUAAGACUCUUUUGUCCUCAAGAUGUUGCAAUAAGAUGGAAUUGAAUUUCAAUUGAAAUGUAUCUCCAUAACUUAAAUAUAAUGUAGACGUCCUUAUACUCAACAUAAUAUAUAUUUAAAGGGAAUGUCUCUUAAGAUGUUGGUAUGCCUCACAUACAUUGCCUCACAUAUACAUGCAUUUCAAAUAGCCACCUACAUUUUACAUUACCUACAAAACAUUACUGUUUUUUAUUGUACCCAUCGUACCUAUAUUCUGAAAAUUCUAAUAUUUAGUUAACUUACAGAUAGAUUAAGGUAUGGCAUAAGGAAUGGAACAUCAAUUUGGGCCUAAUAUUGUCCAUUUGAGAGUCAAUUUCAGGGAAAUAUUUUGAUUUAAAAAGUGUUUUUAACUGAUGGAAUUAAAGGAAUUUAUUAAUGACUUGAAAUUCAGUUUGAGCUUUUAAAAAAUUGUUCAGUUCAAAUCUGUUUUGGGAAGACCGAAUUUAAAGUUAAUGUGAUACAUGUUGGUUAUUUUCUGUGUCUCAGGUUAUAAUUAUAUUCAUUUUCUUUGACAAUUAAGAAAAAACCCAUUGUUUUAAUCAUGAGAAUAUGAAUGCUGCCAAUACACAUGAUUAUUUACUAAAUAAAUGCUGUAACUAAGUUCUUAAA